AUGGCACGACCGCGUCGGGCUCCACGCAGGCAGCGACCCCCAUCGUGCCUCACGUCACGCACGACGCACGAGCCCCCGCAGCGCAGGGAGCGGGGCCCAGAGCAGCGGAGCUCGGGGUUUUUGACACCCCCGGAGCACAUCACCGCCUCUGCCUCCGCUAAGUACGCUGUCUUGUGUGACUUUGACACCCCCCCACAAGGUCACAAACUCUCCCAUCUACAGUGUCACACGGACACAAGAUACACCUGCCACACGUUGGCACAAACCUUCACUAAUCCAGCCAGCCCCGCAGCGAAUGCGGGCAGGGUCACACUGUCACACGCCGCUUGUGGUAGGGACACAGACAGGGCCGUCUUCACACACAGACAGGUGACAUAUACAGACACUCCUAUAAAGCCACACCAUCAACACAAAAUAAGACGCAAACAGAUAAAGUCUCGGACCUCAGGAAUCCAGUUGUCAUCCAGCCACUCCCCUCACAUGGAGACUGUAGAGUCACAGACACAUUGUGGGGACAGACUCGAUGGUCAUACUGUCCGCGUACAUCACAAUUAG